CAAGAAAUCGAUAAAGCUACCACAACUCUUAAGCUUACUAAUACUCCCGGCCCAGAUGGAAUGUCUUCUGUCCUCUUAAAAAAGGGUGGAAAUGACAUGAAUCUACUUCUUCUCAAGAUAUUUUCAACUUCGAUAAGGAGUGGAACAUAUCCAAAUAGCUGGAAGAAAUCUUACGUUGUACCCAUUCACAAAACCGGGCCUAUAGCGGACAUAGAUAAUUACCGCCCCAUCAACAUUACUCCCGUAGUUUCACGUGUGAUGGAAAAGAUUAUAAAGAAGCAAAUUGUUCAGUUUUUGCUCUCGAAUGACUUAAUAUCCGCCUUCCAAUACGGUUUCCUAAAUAGAAGAUCGUGCAUUGCUUGCCAAUUAGAUUAUUUCGACCACAUUACUGAGUGUGUAGACAAAGGUCGUUCAGCAGCAACAUUAUUUCUAGACGUUAGGAAAGCUUUUGACAAGGUCCCACAUAAGAGACUCAUAUUGAAACUCCUAUCUUAUGGAAUAAGUGGAAGGCUACUUGAGUGGAUAACUUCUUUUCUUACAGGAAGAGAACAGUUAGUUAAAGUCAACCAUCACUUAUCAACAUCCAAACCGAUAACCAGCGGCGUGAUACAAGGUAGUGUUCUUGGCCCUACCCUAUUCAUUGUAUUCAUAAAUGAUAUUGUUUCUAUGAUCAAGUAUGGCAAGCCAUACCUCUUUGCAGACGACCUCAAAGUUGUCUAUGAUUUCGACUAUAAUGAUAUGAAUAUUGUUAGUAAAAUCCAAGAAGACCUAAAUAGUCUAUGUAAUUGGAGUGAAAAGUGGCAGUUAAUGUCCAAUCCAGCUAAAUCUGGGAUAACAUACUUCGGACGUUGGAAACCUAGCAUGUGUCUAUACAUGUACGGUGACCUUGUCUCAAACACGAACACAGUCACAGAUCUCGGGGUAACAUACUCAGAUCUUACCUUUACUGAACAUGCAAAUAAGGUGGUAUCUGAUUGUAAACGUCUAACCGGCUUUGUGCUACGCAACUUUUAAACCCCAGAAGCCAGAUUAGCCAUAUAUAAGAUAUGCAUUCGCCCCAAACUUGAAUACUGUGCCCACUUAUACAGUAGCUUUAAAUCAGCAGACAGAAAAAAAGUUGAAAGUGUCCAAAGAUCCCUGACGAAACGCAUAUUAGGUUAUGAUCAGCAAAUAGAAUACCUUGACAGAUGUAUUCGACUGGACUUAGAACCCUUAUGGUUAAGGAGGGUGAAGUGCAAUUUAUUUCUCUUAUUCAAAGUUAUAAGAAAGCACUGUAACAGUAACUCGUCUAUAGCCUGGGCUAAUCCUAAAUCGUAUGAACAACCAUAACUGCCUUCUCAAGGUUAACACCCAUAAGCUCACCACUAGAGCUAACUUUUUCACCAUUAAAUAUUGCAAACUUUGGAACCAACUACCCUCUGAGAUUAGAUCCUGUGAAAGGCCUGACAGUUUCAAAAGGAGCCUAGAAAAACAUAUUAACAUGUCCACCCUAGCCCUUCUAAAUGAUCUCAACUGCUGGUAGAGUGGUGAAACCAUGACAUUUCAAUAUUUAACUACGGACAGUACACUAGUUCCUAGACUAACCUAAUAAUACUUAGUAAUUAUGCAUGUUCAAUACUUGAAAUUAGAUUAUCAUUAAAAUACUUAAAAUGAUUACUUACGCAGCAAAUGUUCCCUUAGUUUAUCACUCUUAUUUCCCUUAUAACAUUCAGUUUUUGAGCCUAAUGUAUUCUUUGAUAAUACGAAUUAUAACACUGAUUACACUCUUAUUAUACAUAGAUUGAUUUACUUUACGGCUAUCUGUAAGACUCACUAACUUUCUGUAGUAUUGUUAACCAAAUGCUGAAAUUUUGUUGGUUCUGCUAAUAUCUUUUUAUAAUAUAUGUAGACAGGUUACUUUGCAAUGUCAAAUGUUUACUAUAUAUAAAACUGUCAUGAUAAUUUAGUACACUUGGUCCUGCCAACCGACCUUACCUUCAGUUCAUACUACCUAUAUUGAACCCUAACUAUAUUGUUCUGCUGAAUCUUGCUCCACUAUUCACAAAACCUAUUCUUGUUAUUCUUCAAGGUUUUUGACUUCUUAUAAAGUAAUCUGUUCAUUAGGACGCAUGCAUACA